GCCCCCGCUCGGCCCCGCCCCCGAGGAGGCAGAGGCGGCAGAGGUGGCGGCGGCCGCGGCGUCGCGUCUUCGCAGCUCGGGCUGAGGAGGCGGCUUCGGCCCGGGGCGAGCGAAGGAAGGAGCGGAGCCGGAGCCAAGCGGCUGGCUGACGCCACCCUGCCCGGGAUGGCAGAAGACCAGGCGGCCCCCGAGCCCAUGGCUCAGCACUGCAACAGCAACACCUACCGGAGUGCCCAGCAUUCCCAGUCCCUGCUCAGCGGGCUCUUGGCCCUCCGGGACAGCGGCAUUCUGUUUGAUGUCGUCUUGGUGGUGGAAGGCAAACAAAUAGAAGCUCAUCGGAUCCUCCUGGCUGCUUCCUGUGACUACUUCCGGGGGAUGUUUGCAGGGGGCCUGCGGGAAAUGGAGCAGGAGGAGGUCCUGAUCCACGGCGUCUCCUACAAUGCCAUGUGCCAGAUUCUCAACUUCAUUUACACUUCUGAGCUGGAACUCAGUCUGCACAACGUCCAGGAGACCUUGGUGGCUGCCUGCCAACUCCAGAUCCCCGAGAUCAUCCACUUCUGCUGCGACUUCCUCAUGUCCUGGGUGGACGAGGAGAACAUCCUGGACGUGUACAAGCUGGCCGACCUCUUCGAGCUGGGCCGGCUGACGGAGCAGCUGGACUCCUACAUCCUCAGGAACUUUGUGGCCUUCUGCCGCACGGACAAGUACCGGCAGCUGCCGCUGGAGAAGGUGUACGCGCUGCUGAGCAGCGACCGGCUGGAGGUCAGCUGCGAGAACGAGGUGUACGAGGGCGCGCUGCUCUACCACUACACGCCCGAGCAGAUCGAGGCCGACCAGGUGUCGCUGCUGGAGCCGCCCAAGCUGCUGGAGACCGUGCGCUUCCCCCUGAUGGAGCUGCAGCUGCUGCAGCGGCUGCACGACAAGCUGAGCCCCUGCCCGCUGCGCGACACGGUGGGCAGCGCCCUGCGCUACCACCGCCACGAGAGCCUGCAGCCCAGCCUGCAGAGCGCGCACACGGCGCUGCGCUCCGAGUUCCGCUGCGUGGUGGGCUUCGGGGGCAUGCACUCGACGCCCUCCACCGUGCUCAGCGACCAGGCCAAGUACCUGCACCCCACGCUGGGCGAGUGGCGCCACUUCACCGCCGCCCUGGCGCCGCGCAUGUCCAACCAGGGCGUGGCCGUCCUGCACAACUUCGUCUACCUGAUCGGCGGCGACAACAACGUGCGCGGCUUCCGGGCCGAGUCCAGAUGCUGGAGGUACGACCCGAGGCACAACAGGUGGUUUCAGAUUCAGUCCCUGCAGCAAGAGCACGCCGACCUCUGCGUCUGCGUCCUGGGCAAGUACAUCUACGCUGUGGCCGGGCGGGACUACCACGCGGACCUGAAGGAGGUGGAGCGCUAUGACCCCGACACCAAUGCCUGGGACUACGUGGCCCCGCUCAAGAGAGAGGUGUACGCCCACGCGGGGGCCACUCUGGACGGGAAGAUGUACAUCACCUGCGGCCGGCGAGGCGAGGACUACCUGAAGGAGCUGCACCGCUACGACCCGGACGCCAACUGCUGGGAGGCGCUGGCCGACGGCCCCGUCCGGCGCGCCUGGCACGGCAUGGCCACCCUGCUGGGCAAGCUCUACGUGAUCGGCGGCAGCAACAACGACUCGGGCUACCGGAGAGACGUCCACCAGGUGGUGUACUACAGCCCGAGCACCAGGCAGUGGACGGCAGUCUGCCCCCUGCCCGCCGGGCACGGGGAGCCGGGGAUCGCCGUCCUCGACAAUAAGAUCUACGUCUUGGGGGGCCGCUCCCACAACCGAGGCAGCCGCAUGAGCUACGUCCACGUCUACGACGUGGAGAAGGACUGCUGGGAGGAGGGGCCGCAGCUGGAGAACGCCAUCUCGGGCCUGGCGGCCUGCGUGCUCACUCUGCCCAGGUCGCUGCUCACAGACCCGGCCCGGCGCACCCCCAGCUGGCACCCCGAGCGGGGCCAGCGGGACCCCGACCUGGCCUCGGAGGUGAUGAGCGUGUCUGACUGGGAGGAGUUCGACAACUCCAGCGAGGACUGAGCCUGGGGAGGGAUCCCCUCCGGGAUUUUAGGAGAGACGGCGGAGCCUCGGGAAGGGAGAACGCCUCGGCGGGAGAACUGGAUGCCCCCCUCCGGCCCGCACCUCUGCAGGGCGCCCGCCGACGGCACGGCCGCGGCCCUCCAACCGGCCGGCCCCGCGAGCUCUUUGAGAAAGCGCCCGACUAAGGGGCGAGGUGUACAAAGAAGGGUUUUUUAAAGAGAGAUUUUAAACUUUGUAGCCAGAGCUCCCUCCUGCCUGCGGCUGCCAGGCUCGCGGGCAGGCUGGCGGCCUCGGGCUCGGUCACGGUCUCCGGGCAGCGGAGGCUCCGGACGGGGCGGUCAGGCGUAAGCGGCAGAGCCGGGGGCCCCUUGGCCUCCUGAGGACGAGCGCUCUGACCCCGAGGGGCGGGGACCAGCGCGCCCCAAGGCCCAGAGCGGGCCUCCGGAGGCAGGAGGGUUAGAACCAGUUCUGAAGAGGGAAAGGGCAUGGAUUACUGGGGGGCUUUUUCAAACCAUUCAGUUCACCGAUGAAAUAAUAAAAUUGUCUAGGAGGCCUUUAUUGCAUUCCUAGGACCCGA